AUGGAGUCUCAGGUGUACAUCCACUGGACCCUCCUUGGUAUCACAUUCGCUUUUGCAACCAUCGCAAUACUGCUGCGAGUAUUAAGCAGGGUUCUUACGCGUCUGAAGUUUUGGUGGGAUGAUUGGCUUGCCAUCACAUGCUACAUUAUCGACGUCGUAUGGCUGAUUAUUAUUAUCAUCUGGGUGCAGAAGGGGCUGGGGAAACACGUCCACGACGUGACAUGGGGUCCUAUUGAGGAUGUCCUCACGAUCAACAAACUGCUCCUCUACGUUGCCGAAUUAUUCUACGCCUUUGCACUCUUCUUCGGCAAGGUCUCUAUUUUGGCAUUCUACUGGAGAAUGUUCGGCGUCACGAAUAUCAAGCUUCCAAUCCAGAUCCUCUUGGGCUGUUCAAUCGUCUGGAUCAUCAUCAGAACUUUCAUGGGUAUAUGGCAUUGUGUUCCAAUCCAUGCUUUUUGGGAUUCCAAUGCCGGCGGAUACUGCGCUAUCGACGACUCAAAGUUCUUCUUUGGUACCAUUCUGGUUCACGUCUUGAUCGACUUGGCCAUUCUUUCAUUGCCCGUCAUGCAGAUCUACAAGCUCAACUUGCCGCUUAUGCAGAAGAUUGGUGUCAUGUUGAUGUUUGGGUUUGGUGUAUUCAUCUGUGUGGCUGCGGUUGCCAUUAUAGUUGAGUCUGUCAACUUCGACGCAAAAUCAAUCGACUUCACAUGGAACAUUAGCAGUAUUGUCUUCUGGGCCACAAUCGAGGUCCCUUGUUACCGUGUCAGGUAUUUUACUCCCCCCAUCCCGUCAUUCGCCAAUAGACCGUCCUUGCCUACCUUCCGACCAGCCUUGAACUUCAUCUUCAAACGCAAACUUCCCGGAAGUUCAGCUAUGGAGUCUGGAGGUGCUUCUCACGGGCUCUCCCACCGCGGCAGAAUCUCAACAAAAAACAUGACUGCGAUUCCCAGCGAAGCAGAUGAGACUGCGUCAACAUAUGAGCUUGCCGACGUUCUACAUGGAGAAGGCUCUUCGAACGGGGGAUUCGAGCACCACGCCAUCGACAAGCCGUUCGGCGUAGCUACGGUCAUCUCUGGAGAUACCCAGAGCAACAAGUUUCGUAAAGAGAGCCACGAUGAAGAGGGAAUUUUGGUUAAAAACACGAUGACGAUUAAGAUUUCACGAAGGGAAGAUAGCCCGACGAAUGAUGGCUUGGAGGAAGAUAAUGUCAAAAGGCAUUCCAGAAAGGAUUCCUACUAA